AUGGCAUGGCUGAAACCUCAAGCUAGUUUUGUUAAAGUCAUUAGUGAUGGUAGUGCCUUAAACAACCAGAUUGGUGCUGGUGUCACCAUCAGAGAUUCAGAAGGCCACUUCAUACAUGCUAUAGCCAGUCCUCUUGGUGAAGGAUCCAAUAAUCUUGCAGAAACUCAAGCAGCAGUCUUGGGCAUGCAGUGGUGCCUGGCCAAUGGCAUCACCAAAAUUCACCUAGAAGCUAAUUUUGCAUUGCUUAUUCAUUGGCUUAACUACACCUCCGCUCCUCCUUGGAAUCUAGACACUGAAUUGCAAAACCUCAAAGAACUAUGA